AUGGGCAGAGCUCGUCAAGCACGCGAAAAAUCUGGUUCUGCCAUAUCUGUCAGUUCUCGGAACCGAAGUUGGUCUACGAGGGCGAAGAACCGUAGAGCUGUGCUAAUCGCCGAUCGACCUUGCCAACGCUGCUUCCUCCACAAGGAGAAGAAUCCAGGCCAUAUCUGUCUUCGGCGACCAAAUCGCAAAGCUUGCCUGCACUGCCGCGGUGUGCACAAAAAGUGCAUUGAGAUCCCGCAUAAGAUCAAGCCCGCCGUUGAUGAUGCUCUUAAGUUGAAAGGACUGGAACUUACUGAAGAAGUUCGAGCCAUUCACCAAAGAAUCAAGGAUCAUGUCAGGAGUGUGAAGGUAGCAAGGAAGCGGGCAUCCAAGAGACUGAAGAAUGCUAAUUCAGGUGUCAAAGAGUUGGAGGGAGUUUUUCAAAGAUCGCUGAGGAUCGCUCACCAAUAG